GGAAGCGUCAUCAACACGCAACACACGCACUUGCGACACCAACUUGCGCCUUUCUCUAAACCCGAAACGGAAGAAAACAAACUAAACGUAAACUGGGACCAAAGACCGACUGGGAACAUUAUAUCCAUGACUGGAGUAACUGGUUUUUAAAACGUUUUUUAAUGACACGCUGUGGCACAGUGACUGUAGCUGUUAGUUCGCGAGCCAGCACCUAACAGCUGGUGACAAAAACAACCAACAAACUGCGAAUUUAGCUAACAUUAAGUCAAAAAGAAGAAGCUAACAGUAGACCAAUUUGGCGCGUUUUGGAUGAAGAGCAUUUUAUUACUGAGCAACAAGAUGGACUGCAGCACAGCUGACGUGCCCAAUGAUGUGGUACACGACUCCCCAGGGAACGGCAGCUCCUGUUCUGAUGAUGACGUACCUCUCUCAGGGCUCCUGACGAAGCCACACAGUAAGGAGAAACCGUCACGUGAAAACACACGCAGCUCCAAGACUAAUUCAGAAAAGGACAAAAGUGCUAUGGCAGCUAAGAAACUAGAGAAAAAAGACAACACGUCACUCAGAUCUAAUGGCACAGAUAACAAGAAAGCAGGUGGUACAGAUGAUGAUGAUGAUGAUGAUGAUGAUGAUGAUAAUGAUAGGUCUGACAAUGAGCCUCUCAGAAAAAUUGCCAAAAAGCCCUCCAAAGCAGCAAAGAAGACUUCCUCCGUCCCUCCAAAAAAAACUGUUGAUUCAAAGAAGAAAGAAUCUCUGGAUGACGACGAUGGCUCGGACGAUGAGCCUUUGAGUGAACUUGGCGAGAAACUUUACCCCAAACGUCAGAGAAAGGCACCUGGUACUCCAUCUGGAAAAGCAACGCCAGUUAUUAAAUCCAAAAGGACCGCAGCAAGAAAAAAGGAUAUGAAUACAGAUGAAAGCUCUGACAAUGAGCCUCUCAAAAAAAUUGCCAAAACUAACUCUAAGGCUGCAAAGAAGACUUUCUCAGUCCCUCCACAAAAAUCUGUUGAUUCAGAGAAGGAAGAAUCUCUGGAUGAUGAGGAUGGCUCGGACGAUGAGCCUUUGAGUGAACGUGCCAAGAGACUUUACCCCAAACGUCAGAGAAAGUCACCCGGUACUCCAUCUGGAAAAGCGACCCCAGUUAUUAAAUCCAAAAGGAACGCAGCAAGGAAAGAGGUUAAAUAUGCAGAGUCUUCCAGUGACAGCUUAGAUUAUGAACCACUGGCAACAAUAAAGAAGAAGUUGACAAAGGCUCCUAAAGAGAAAAAGACUUCAGACAACAGCAAGGAAACAAAACUUAAAGAAGAAACACUUAAAGACUCUUCAUCCGCAGACAGCAACUCAGAUGAUAGUUACGUUCCCGUGGUGAACGUCAGUGCCAAGAAGAAGAAACCAGUGAAGAAAAACACAAAGAGGACAACUGCAUCGCCAGGCAGAGCGUCAAGAAAGAGACGAGGACAUUCUGAUGAAAGCUCAGAUGAUGAACCCUUAGUUAGACUCGUGAAAAAGAAUCGCACAGGCAGACAAAAAAAACAACCGAAGGCUUCCCCCCCGAAGAAGAAGAAGAACACAACUUCCAAAAAGUCAAGAAAGAUGCUUGAGUCAGAGUCCUCAGGCAACAGUUCAGACGAUGAACCUUUAAUCAAACCAGCGAAACAUCCACAAGUAACAAAAAUCCUGAGAAUAAUACUAGAGAGGUGCGAUGGUGAAGAAGCUGGGGACACAGGAACAGGAGGCCUGACCAAAACCACUUCAGCCGAAACACAGAUUGCUGGAAAGAGCGAGGAGUCAGAAGACUCAGCGAAAUCAGCAGAAGAAGAAGAAUAAGCAGAUGAAACAAAAGGUUGAAGAAAUGGCGUUUUAUGGUUUUCUUUCACCAUUUGGACGGGGAAGUUCAAACCACAUAGUGGCUACAAAGUUUAAAGGACUUCAGAAUGUGUAAAUCUCUCAGAGAGACACCUAAAAAUUACAAUUAGUGUUCAUGUAAAGUGACUUAAAGUGUGUUUUCUAUACAGUACCUACAUGUUCAUGUUUAAUUUUGGGACCAGAUUUUGUAGGCUCCUUAAAGAUUUUAUGCACAGUCUUUGAUGUUAUUUUACUAUUUCUGCACAUUGUUAGCACUGGCUGUCUCCUCUGGUUUAAUUUUUUUUAAGAGAAUAAUUCAGUGCUCAUUGAUAUAAGCUACAUCCCUGCUUUCAUAUUAACUGUAAACUCUGCAUGCAGCAGUGAAAAUCUGUUGUGUUGGAUUAAACUGCUUUCACUUAUGAAAUUUA